AUGGAAGCUCAUUCCGAUGCCGACCCGAAACCCAACCCUAAGGAGAGCUCGAUUCCGGACCUGAAACCCUACGAGGAAAUCGAAGAUGUCGAAGAAGAAGAUACCGAGCUGGAGGAGGAAGAAGAAGAAGAAGACGAAAAUGAAUCCGAAACCAUGACUCCUGAGGCCCGAAUUCAGAGGGAUCGGGCCAACAUGGACUCCCUAUUCAGGCGUCUAUCGAAGGAGCAAGUCCCCGUCCGGGUCCAUGACGUAAUCAUCAAGGGGAACACGAAGACCAAGGACUCCUUGAUCGAGGCGGAGGUCGAGUCGAUUUUCAGGGACGCCACUAGUUUCCAGCAGUUGCUGCGCGCUGCCGCUGAUGCCAGCGCGAGGCUGCAGAGCCUCGAUAUUUUCGAUUCGGUCAAUAUUACCCUUGACGCGGGCCCGCCGGAGUUGCCAGGAACUGCGAACAUCGUUAUCGAGGUUUCUGAGGCGUCGAACCCACUUUCUGGAAAUGUUGGGAUUUAUUCAAAACCUGAGGCUAGAUCUUGGUCAUUAGAAGCAUUACUGAGGCUGAAAAAUCUGUUUGGUUAUGGAGAUCUAUGGGAUGCUUCAGUGAGUUAUGGCUGGGGUCAAGCUUUGGAAGUCAGCUCAGGAGUAUCUCUGCCAAGAUUCAAGGAAAUUCCUACUCCAUUGUCCGCAAGAAUAUCCAUGGUUUCCCAGGAUUGGCUGAAGUUUUCUUCGUAUAAGGAGCAAGCCCUUGGUCUCUCACUCGGUCUGUUGGAAACUGGGAAGCACAGUUUGUCCUACAACCUCUCCUGGCGUACUUUAACAGAUCCAUCUCAAAUGUCUUCUCACACCGUGAGGCGGCAGCUUGGACAUAAUUUGCUCUCAUCCUUGAAGUAUGUUUUUAAAGUUGACCGAAGGGAUUCAUCUUUGAGGCCGACUAGAGGCCAUGCUUUUGUCUCGACUACUCAAGUUGGUGGUCUUUUUCCUGAUGCUCGGAGCCUACGUUUCAUUCGUCAGGAGUUUGAUAUUCGUUAUGCUCUCCCCUUUGGAUUUUCCCGUGCUGCACUAAACUUGGGAAUAUCAGCCGGCGUGGUAAUUCCAUGGAGCAGAGCAUCUCUGAGUAUGCCCUCGUAUCUGCCCGAGAGGUUUUUCAUAGGCGGUAAUUCUUCUCCCGUUUGCUCCUUAAGUGGGCCCUUCUCCGUUUUGGGUUUCAAGACCAGGGGAUUGGGCCCUGCGGAGCCUAGAAGAUUUGUGAGAGCUAAUUCUGGUGAUGAGGGAUCCGAUUAUUCUGGGUUCGAUCAUGUUGGAGGGGAUCUUGCUGUCACUGCUUUCGCGGACCUCUCGUUUGAUCUUCCUCUGAAGGUUUUUAGGGAUGCCGGUAUUCAUGGUCACGUGUUUGCUAACACAGGUAGCCUGAACAAAUUGAGUGAGAACGCGUACAAGGGACUUUCUCUGCAGAAAUUUAAAGAUUCUUUCCGAAGCACUGUGGGAGUUGGACUCAUUGUACCCACCAAGCUAUUCCGGAUGGAGGUGAACUACUGCCACAUUUUGAAACAACAGGGACAAGAUCAAGGGAAGAGUGGCGUGCAGUUUAGCUUCUCUUCCCCACAGUAA